AAUCUCUUGGAAUUUUCGUUCAUGUUUUGAACGAUUUAAUUCUAGAAUAGUGUAUUAAUAAUGGCUGGCGCGUUCAGCUAUUUGGGUUGCCAGAUUUCUAAGGCCAACUGUCAACAACUGUCAGUUCGGUUGUAGUUAUGGACGAGUAUGAGAGGCAGUCGAUGGCGUUAUCGCCACCAAAAAAGAAAACAAGACACAUUUCCAAAAGAUUGUUUGAUAAAACAAGAAACCGUGUGGACAUCGGAGGAGCCUUCCUUAGAUGGCGACGUCUUCGUCAAACUAAAAACAUCAAGUCUGACGCAGAGUUGGCCAUAUUUCUCCUCGACAGCUAUGAGGGACCAAGUACCUCCACCCCUAGCAAGGCACAGUGGACGAAGUCUGUUGCUCCAGCACUGUCAUCAAUAUGUCCGUCUGAUGGAGAUCUGUCAUGUGGAUCACUGGAGAGGGAGAGCACCUUGGAUGCACCUGAAGCUCUAGAGCCAAGUUUGCAUAAUAUGAAUGUCCAGAGCGAACCACACAUGAUGGACGAAAGUGAAUUCAAUGACCUAAGAAACAGUGUUAUUGACUGGGGGACAGAUGAAGAGGACGAUGAAAACCAUGAUAAGGACGACAACAGCCAUGAUGAGGACGAUAAUAGCCAAGAUGAGGAUUACGUACCUCAUAUUAGUAUAAGGAUUGGUGGAGCACUGCCCACAUCGUGCAUUGACAGUCUGCCCAUCAUCAGCAUGAGCGAUGUUGUCCAUGACAUCGAUGCAGAGAUUGAGCCUCCAUCAGCUCAUAUACCAAUGCCGCCAACCAUUCUUCCCGCACAACUGGAGGUCUUGGCUGAGGAUGACCUAAUUGGAAAACGGGCAUCCAUCUGCUAUGAGGACUGCUUGAAACAGCUGGCAGCUGUCCUUAUGCUGCCCAUUAAACAGUGCCCAUACAGGUGCCCACGCAGUCACACAGACUGCCCAUGCCUCCCUCCCUUUGAGGUUUCCAUUACAGCAAGGGGAACAGCUAGCAUUAUGGAAUGGACCUGUCCUGCUGGCCAUACUGUGUGGAAAUGGACCUCUCAACCCACCGUGAAAUAUUCCAUGUUGGCUGGAGACUUCAUGUUGGCUACCAACAUCCUACUCUCAGGGAGUAACUAUGCCAAAGUUUCCCUGCUGUUCAAGUUUAUGAACAUCGAAAUGGUGAACCGUAGCACGUACUUUGCCAUCCAGGACACCUUUUGUGUGGAUACAAUCAAAGAAUGUUGGCUUGAGAAGAGGGUGGAGAUGAUAAGUCAUCUACAGGACAAAGAUGUGGUGAUUGUUGCUGAUGGAAGAAUGGACAGCCCUGGGCACUGUGCACAGUAUUGUACAUACACCGCAAUGGAAAAUGACACCAGGGCAAUAAUAUCGGUCAUUACCAUUGACAAGAGGGAAACCUCUAGAAACUCGGUCAUCAUGGAGAAAGAGGCAUUCAUCAGGACUAUGGAUGGGCUUCUCAGUGAGCUGAAGCUUGUUGAGGUCUGCACAGAUGCCCAUGUUCAGAUAUCUGCCCUCAUGAACAAAGGAAAAUACAAAGACCUUGGUGUGCAGCACAGCCUAGACAUGUGGCAUGGAGCCAAGAACUUGGCCAAAAGGAUCAAUGCUGCAGCACAAAUCAGAGGCCAGUCCUGCCUGAAUUAUUGGCUAAAGGACAUUGUAAACCACUUUUGGUGGUGCUGCAAAGUUGCUGGGUCAUACCAGCGCUUCCUUGAGCUGUGGUUUGGACUCGCUCACCAUGUGGUGAAUGAACACACGUGGGUGCUAGGAGGCUGCCACCAUGAGGAACAUGACCCCUCAAAACAAUGGCUCACGAGAGGUUCUGCACCGCAUGAGGCUCUGAAGACCAUCAUGAGGAACAAAAGAUGGCUCAAGGAUGUUCACAAAUAUCUGAACUUCAGAUCUACAGCGGAGCUGGAAUCAUUCCAGAACCACAUCCUAAUGUAUGCCAGCAAGAGGACAGCAUACACACCACCUGUCUUUGAGGCCAGGACCAUUUUGGCAGCCAUGGACUACAAUUUUCACCUGGACAGACCUGAGCUUACCAAACCUGACGGAAGCAAACAAUACAGGAGACUUUAUAAAAAGCAGGCGCGAAGAUACAGUGUCUACACUGUAAAGGCUGCCAAGACCUACGGCCACAUUCCUAACCUGCAGGCAAGGAUCCUGCACAAGAGGCUGACUGGUAAGGGAAUGCCCAGGCGGAGAUCACUUCGCCCCCAUGACCCCAGAAGGCUAGGACUGCUUCCUCCUGUGCCAGCACCAACCUUAGAUGAACUUGUGAGAACACAAGUCGGGAGAUGUCUCGUGCCAGAGCAGAAAUUUGAGUCCUUCGUGGGAAUUGGGUCGAGCCUCACAAUACUGUACAUACUGUACAUAAUCAUAACUAUAGAUUAGAUUAGAUCACAAUACUUCACAUAAUCAAAACCAUAGAUUAUCUUAGAUCACAAUACUGUACAUAAUCAUAACUAUAGAUUAGAUUUGAUCACAAUACUGUACAUAAUCAAAACUAUAGAUUAUCUUAGAUCACAAUACUGUACAUAAUCAUAACUAUAGAUUAGAUUUGAUCACAAUACUGUACAUAAUUAAAA